CAAAGAUGGCGCGCCGCGGAGCCGGGUGCUGACGUGUGCCGAGCGGCCCGCGCCUGCGCAGCAGUGGCAGUCCGGAGCGGCGACCGGAGCGCAGCGCGGAGGCCCGGCGGGGAGGCUGCGCGCGCCCCCCUGCGACCAGCCCCGGAGUCCGUCCCCCUCCUCCCCCCGGCCGCCAUGGCCCCCCGGCGGCGGCCCCCGGAGCUCUACCGGGCGCCCUUCCCGCUCUACGCCCUGCGCGUGCACCGCGAGGCCGGCCUGGCGCUGGUGGCGGGGGGCGGCGGCGCGGCCAAGACCGGCAUCGCCAACGGCCUGCACUUCCUGCAGCUGGCCUGGCAAGGGGGCGGCCUGUCUGCCUCCCUGCUGCAUGCCCACGACACGGAGACGCGAGCCACCAUGACCAUGGCCCUGGCGGGGGACGUCAUUGCUGCCGGGCAGGAUGCCGCCUGCCACAUCCUGAGUUUCCACCUGCAGAAGCCCAGCCGCAAGGGGGGCGGCGGGGGCGAUAGUGCCCCCACCCAAGCAGGUGGUGGUGGCGGCGGCGAGAGGGGCCCCCGGAGGAGGCACAAGGCCCCCACCCCCAGUGGGCCGGGCAGCAACGGCAACACGCACCGGCAGACGAGCGAGGUGACCGUGGAGACCCUCCACUGUGUCCAGACGGACACCAGCCCCGAUGCCCUGCAGAAGGCCGUGUGCUUCAGCGAUGACCGUACCCUCCUGGCCACAGGCGGCGUGGACGGAUUCCUGCGGGUCUGGGAGUUUCCCAGCAUGAAGAAAGCCCUGGAGUUCCAGGCCCACGACGGGGAGAUUGAGGACAUCGCCCUCAGCCCCGACAACAAGGUGGUGACGGUGGGGCGCGACUUCCGGUGCUGCGUGUGGCUGCGCGACCAGAUGGUGACGGGGCUGCAUUGGAACGAGAACCUCCCGGGCAUCCCGGACAAGGCCUACCGCUAUCAGGCCUGCAGGUUUGGGACGGUGGAGGACCAGGCCAAGGCCCUGCGGCUCUACACGGCGCAGAUCCCCUACAAGCGGGAGCGGCGGCCCCCGCCCUGCUACGUCACCAAGUGGGACGGCCACAGCUUCCUGCCCCUGCUCACCCGGCCCUGCGGCCACGAGGUCAUCUCCUGCCUCUCCGUCAGCGACACGGGCACCUUCCUGGGCCUGGGCACCGUCACGGGCUCUGUGGCCAUCUUAGUGGCCUUCUCCUUGCAGAGGCUGUACUAUGUGCGGGAGGCGCAUGGCAUCGUGGUCACAGCCGUGGCCUUCCUGCCCGAGACCCCCGAACUGCUGAAGGACAGUGAAGCGGCCCUGCUGAGCGUGGCCGUGGACAGCCGCUGCCGCCUGCACCGGAUCCCCUGCCGGCGGAGCUUCCCGGUCUGGCUGCUGCUGCUCCUCUGCUCUGGGCUGAUUGUGGGCACGAUCCUGCUGCUGCAGCUGGCCUUCCCAGGCUUCCUCUGAUCCUGCCGCUUCUCCGCCGGGCUCCGGAACAGCUGGGACCUUCCGGGCGGCAAGGGGCACUUCUCUGCCGGUGUGUGGGGCCAGGGCUGCUUGGCCACGUGGGGGCUGGGCCUCGCCUGGACCGAGCUCUCCUUGCCCUGCCCCCCUCCCUUGGACUCCGCAGGCAACACAUUCCUCUGCCCCGGGCGGGGGGGGGGGCAGCUCCCUCCUAGCCCCCGGACUGGAUCUUGCAGCUGCAAUUAAACGGGAUGAAGGAACA